CUGGAUUAUGAAGACCUCGACAUCUGAGGAAAGACACGGAAUACAAUGGAUAGCUCGAAAUCAGUUAGAAGCUUUGGACUUCGCAGAUUAACUGACCCUUCUAUCCCGUACACACAAACAAAUGCAGAUGAAGAUAAACAGUGUAGCAUCAGCCUCUGCAGCAGUAGGCCUCAAUGUACACAAGGGAAGAAGCAAGAUCCUCAAAUACAACACGGAGAACACCAACCCAACCACACUUGGUGGAGAAACUCUGGAAAAGGUGGAAAGUUUCACUUAUCUGAGUGGCAUCAUCGAUGAACAAGGAGGAUCUGAUGCAGACAUGAAGGCUAGAAUUGGCAAAUCAACGACAGCAUUCCUACAUAUAAAGAAUAUGUGGAACUCAAAACAACCGUCAACCAAUAUCAAACUCACAAUCUUCAAUACGAACGUCAAUACGGUUAGUCAUAUUGUAUGGAGCUAAAACUCUGAGAACUACCACAAUCAUCAC